AGAAAAUAAACAGAAGCGUCCAUGAUGGCGGCUGACAGUGAUCCCGAGUCGGAAGUGUUUGAGAUCACAGACUUCACUACUGCAUCCGAAUGGGAGAGGUUUAUAUCUAGAGUGGAGGAGGUGUUGAAUGACUGGAAACUGAUAGGCAGAGCAGUUGCGAAACCACCGGAAAAGGGAGAAUACACAACUGGCACCUGGGAAGAGAAGACCAAGGAAAUCAACUUUGCAGAUUUCAAGUUUUCCAUAACACACCACUACCUUAAGCAAGAGACUGUGGAGAGCGAGGGGAAAGAGGAACCGGAGGAAGAUGCCCUCCCACUGGCCAUGCAAGAUCUGCUAUGCAUGAAUAAUGACUUCCCACCAAGAGCUCACUGCCUUGUCAGAUGGUAUGGCGUGCAUGAGUUUGUGGUCAUAUCUCCAGGGACCAAUUGUGAGGCCAUCAUCAGUGAAUCCAAAUGCAACCUCCUGCUCAGCUCUGUCUCUAUAUCGCUUGCCAACACCGGCUGCCAGGUGCCCGUGUUCGUGCAGAUCCAACAGAAAUGGCGUCGAAUGUAUGCUGGCGAGUGUCAGGGUCCUGGCGUCCGUACCGACUUUGAGAUGGUACACCUUCGCAAAGUGCCCAGCCAGUACAACCACCUCUCUGGCUUGCUGGACGUUUUUAAGUCCAAGAUUGGCUGUCCGCUGACUCCAUUGCCGCCCGUUAACGUAGCCAUUCGUUUCACCUAUGUCCUACAGGACUGGCAGCAGUACUCCUGGCCACAACAACCUCCUGACUUUGAUGCUCUGCUUGCUGGAGAAGUAGGAGGUGUAGAGUUUGGUAAACUUCCUUUUGGAGCAUGUGAGGAUCCAAUCAGUGAGCUGCACCUAGCAACAACUUGGCCUCAUCUGACAGAGGGCAUCGUUGUCGACAACGAUGUUUAUUCAGACUUGGAUCCCCUUCAGGCUCCUCAGUGGUCUGUCAGAGUCCGGAAAGCAGACAACCCUCAGUGCCUGCUGGGGGACUUUCUCAUGGAGUUUUUCAAGCUGUGUGGCCGGAAGGAGUCCACCGAGGACAUCCUGGGGAGGAAUUCGGUGGAGGAAGAUGGUAAAGAAAACAGCGACAUCACGCAUGCUCUCUCUAAAUUGACGGAGCCUGCUGCCGUGCCCAUUCCUAAACUGUCUGUGACCAACAUGGUGCACAGUGCUCGCAAACGCAUCCGCAGACACCGCCGUGUCGAUGAGUCCCCGCUCAGCAAUGACGUUCUCAACUCCAUCCUUCUGUAUCUCUUCCCAGAUGCUGCUGUGGAUAAGCCAUCAGACAACAAUGAAUCAAAAGCCCAACAGUCCAACCCAGAUGGAAAGACUGAACAGGAGAAAGAUCCUGAGGACUAUAACCUCUAUAACCAGCUGAAAUCAGCUCCUUCCGACAGCUUGACGUACCGCCUAGCCCUGUGCAUCUGCAUGGUCAACUUCUAUCAUGGAGGGAUGAGGGCUGUGGCCCAUCUGUGGCAGGAGUUUGUCUUGGAAAUGCGUUAUCGUUGGGAGAACAACUACCUCAUUUAUGGUUUGGCAGGUGGACCCCCGGAUCUUAGAUGCUGCCUCCUCCACCAGAAACUCCAGAUGUUGAACUGCUGCAUCGAACGCAAGCGAGCGAGGGAUGACGGAAGAAAGAGCGCCACCGCGGAGGGCGUAAGGGAGAGAAAAGUGUCUGGCUGCGAGAACGGGCGACUGGGGCCAGAAAGCGCGGGGUCAACGGCGACCGCGGGGGGGAUGGAGGUGUCACCGGGGAAGUCAUGGGAUUCGUGGAGCGACAGCGAAGACGAGUUCUUUGAGUGCUUGAGUGACACAGACGAGCUGAAAGAGGCGCCCGCGGAGGGAGAGAGAAGCGGUGCCAAGGAGGCAAGCAAGGCCAAACCGGAGGGUCGGCUGCAGCCCCACGGGAAGCUUACCCUGUUGAACUCUGACCAGCCGCUCUACAUCCCUGUUACACAGGAGCCCGCGCCCAUGACAGAGGACCUGCUGGAGGAGCAGUCCGAGGUACUGGCCAAACUGGGCACAUCAGCUGAAGGUGCCCAUCUCCGUGCCCGCAUGCAGAGUGCCUGUCUGCUCUCUGACAUGGAGUCCUUCAAGGCAGCGAAUCCUGGCUGUUCCUUAGAGGACUUUGUGCGGUGGUAUUCCCCGCGGGACUACGUGGAGGAGGAGGUGACAGACGAGAGCGGUCAGACGGUUGUCCGGGGUGACCUCAGCGCCAGGAUGAAAAUCCCCGGUAACAUGUGGGUGGAGGCCUGGGAGACGGCAAAGGCUACGCCGGCACGCAGACAGCGCAGACUCUUUGACGACACAAAGGAAGCAGAGAAGGUCUUACAUUAUUUGGCUGUGCAAAAGCCCGCAGACUUAACACGACACCUGCUGCCGUGUAUCAUCCACGCUGCUAUUCUCAAGGAGAAAGAAGAAGAAGCAGCAGAGGAUAUUCCAUCUGUGCGUAAAGCCAUCCAACAGAUCUCCUCCCUUGCCAGCAAGCUGCUGCGCCACCCUAACCCUGACUACAAAAAACUAGAGGAAAUCAUUAACCAGAUUAUGGUAGUGGAGGCAGUCAUCGCUCGUGCCAGGUCCCUGAAAGCCAAGUUUGGCAUCGGAAAGGGGGAGAGAGGAGAAGACGCUGAGGACCUGGAAAGGUUUGUCAGCUCUCUGUUGGAAGAACCGGAGGUGGCAGUGAUUGGAGCAGGGCGGGGUCCUGCUGGCAGCAUCAUCCAUAAGCUUUUCGUCAGUGCGCAGCGGCUGGCUGACUCCACUGAUGAGGCUGCACUGUUAGCACCCCUUGAGGAAGAGGCGGGACGAGGAGGAGGCGGAACUGAAGACAGAAAGCCAGCCGGAGGAGGCGGAGUCCCGGACUUCCCACCCCCAGCUGGACGGGAGAUCCUCCUGCGCACCUGUGUGCCACGUCCUGCCCCUUAUUCCAAAGCCCUCCCUCAACGUCUCUUCUGUGUGCUGAUGAGGGAAGAGUUUCGCUUGGCUGGGGCCUUCUCCUCUGACACAUCUUUUUUUUGAGCACUCCUGACAUUAGAUUUGAAUUAGGGAGAAGAUUAAGCAUUCAACCAGUUUUAUAUUGUAGGAAUGGAGGUAAGAGCAAAUGGUUUCAGGAAUGCCAACACUGGGAGGCCUGUUUUAGGCCACCAGUCUUAGUAUUUCGGUUGGCAUAGGACUCUGUUGUUGUCCCCAAGUGCUGAUGUUAAUUUCAGCAUGGUCAUAAUGAUUAUAAGGAAUUUAAAAUUAAGAUUGGGGGAAUUUGAGAAGAAUUGAGGAACUAGCUGAUCCUUGUUGGACCUCUAAGAUUUGUGUUCCUAAUUCAGAAGUAUAUCACUGUUCAUAUCUAUGAGGUUAGCACCACGAUCCCCAGCUAACAGUUUCCACUAGGAUUCUGUGAGUACUCAGAAACAUAUCUUUUAAAAACAAAAUGUAAAGAUUUGUGCCAUUGUCAGUCUAGUUAUUGCUUUAAAUGUGUCGGGAGCUAUUUGGAGUACUGAGUUGUUUUUUUGUUUUUGUUUUUUUUUUUUCUAUUUUGAAUGUUUUACUUCAUCUCUUUAAUGUUUCAUUAGCUGUUUCUUUGUCUUUUUGUCCCUUUAUAUGUUGAUUUAAAGGUUUUUGGACACAACAGAAGUAAUCCAAAGCAGAGAUGAGGAUGAUAUCGAGUGUUCAUAGGGAAACUUUGUCUUUAUUGUCACUACACUGUGGAAACAAAUAAUCACAAAAAUUGUUCUUUAGCUUAAACAAAAAUCAAUAUGAAAUCUGAGAGGAUGUAUGUUAUGGGUUAAUCUUAUUGUGUAAUUAGACACCCGAUGAAAAGUUGUCACCUGGUCACCAUUUCAGUAUCUCCGCCGGAUCAUUUGUGACAUGUACAUAAGUGAUUUACAUUACCUGUCAGCAGAGCAGGGAUUGGAACCUUCUUCCAGUAGGCUGGCAGAAUGUGCAGGUUAUUGCUUCAGCCCUGUCAUAUUCAGCCGGUCAAGGUCCUGAGAAGCAUCAGAAUAUUACGAUUCAAGUAGUUAAAUUAGGACUGUAACAAAAUCCUGCAGGAAAGUGCCCCUUCAGGAGAAUCAGCCCACCAGGUCCUAGAGUUUCUCAUCUCAGGCUCUCUAGUGCUUUUUCUGUGUAGUCUCAAGUGAAACGUGUAGUUGUCCACAUUUCUGUCUUUCAGUACUAGUUUUGAGCAUAAUACAGACAAUAUACUGUAAUUAGUCACCGAUUCAACAGUAUGUUUCCCAAUGUGUAAUUAUCAUGACAAUUGUAAUUGUUUUCUUUUUUUAUGUUAAUAUGAUCGUUAAAGAAGACCCCGGUUGAAGUGCAAUUACAUAGAUUAUUAUAUACCAUACAGAUGUAGCCUUAUGUAUUACAGUGAAGACACGUGUCCUGGUUCCUGUUGUUAGUGCAGUUUCUUGAAGCAGUUGUGGUAAGUGCUAUUAAUGAUCAAAUUACUGAGUAAUUUUAUUGAGUAACCCUGCACAAGUCAAAUGGGACAAUUUAAAACUUUGUCAGUAUUUGACUCUAGACGAGGAUUUAAAGUGUGGGAAUAGCCAAAGUCUGUUUGUGUCCAAAAAUAUGUUGGUCAUUAAUGUUGAACAUCUAGUUUGGUGUUGUAUAGUGGGAUAAAAUAAACUAUCACACUAGGA